UUCUCCUUGCCUCUUGGAGAUAGCAUUACAGGGAAAUAACAGCCAGAUACCGAGGACAAGGCUCUUCUCCCUUGGUUGCCCAGAAGACAACUGCAGCUUUUCUCUGCCUGUAUAGCAAAGUGCACCUGCUAAAAUUCCUUCAUAGUUCCACACAGCUGUUAAAGAGCCAACAGGCCUGUUCCAUUUUGCAGUUGGACUUGCAUUCAAACUCUGGAGAGGUGUAUUCUUGCCUGCUGUGUCAUCUACUCCCUCUGGCAGGAAGGGAGGACAAGUGUCCGCUUGCUGUUGAUUCUUUCUGUCCUUCUUUUGGAGCUCCUUCAACCAUUUUCUUUUCCUCUGCUACUUUUUCUCCCCCAGGUAAUAUCCCAAGAAUGGAGCAUAACCAAACUGCAAAUCAUCAACCUGACCAGCAACCAUCGCCUCCCAUAAACAGCUCUGAAGCACUACCUACUGGGAAUGGCUUAGAGAAACAAAGUGAAAAAUCACCUCCAAGGCCUCUGUCCCCAGAGAAUGCAGUGCAUUCUCCUCCUGAAAUGAAGCUCUGUGAUAUAUCUGAAGAGCUGAGCCGACAGCUGGAGGACAUUAUUAAGACCUAUGGGUCAGCUGCCAGCCUCAUGGAGGAGAGAAAUGUUAAAGUAACAACAGACAAAUCUGAAAAAGGAGAAUUCUGUAAUAAUGAAGAUGGAGAAUAUGAAGAUGGCCAUGAUGAGGCUGAGAAAGAACAGGCAGCUUCUGGAGAUGCCUCUGGUUCAAAGGAGUCCAGUAUUCAUAAAGAACAAAAAUUGGAAAAGAAAAUCCUGAAGGGUCUCGGAAAAGAAGCUACCCUGCUGAUGCAACAUUUGAACAAGCUGAAUACGCCAGAAGAGAAGCUGGACAUCUUAUUUAAGAAGUAUGCUGAAUUGCUGGAGGAACAUCGUACUGAACAGAAAAAGUUAAAAUAUCUGCAGAAAAGGCAGGCUCAGCUCACAAAAGAGAAAAACCAGUUGCAGAGUGAACAUAGCAGAGCCAUCCUUGCCCGAAGCAAAUUGGAAAGUCUCUGCAGGGAGCUCCAAAGACACAACAAAACCCUGAAGGAGGAGACUCUUCAGCGAGCAAGAGAGGAAGAGGAAAAAAGGAAGGAGAUCACUAAUAAUUUCCAGGGCACCUUGAAUGAUAUCCAGGCCCAGAUUGAGCAGCAAAGUGAAAGGAACAUGAAGUUGUCCCAGGAGAACACUGAGCUAGCAGAGAAAUUGAAAAGCAUCAUAGAUCAGUAUGAAGUCAGAGAGGAGCAUCUUGAUAAGAUAUUUAAGCAUCGGGAGCUUCAGCAGAAACUGGUGGAUGCUAAGCUGGAACAGUCACAAGAAGUGAUGAAAGAAGCUGAAGAUCGGCAUCAACGGGAGAAAGAAUAUUUACUCAACCAAGCUGCAGAGUGGAAACUGCAAGCAAAAAUGCUCAAGGAGCAAGAGACUGUUCUCCAGGCCCAGCUUACUCUCUAUUCUGAGCGAUUUGAGGAAUUUCAGAAAACCCUGACAAAAAGCAAUGAGGUGUUUGCCAGCUUCAAGCAAGAGAUGGAUAAAAUGACAAAGAAAAUGAAAAAGUUGGAAAAGGAUACAGCUACAUGGAAAGCAAGAUUUGAGAACUGCAAUAAAGCUUUAUUGGACAUGAUUGAAGAGAAAGCCAUGAGGGCCAAGGAAUAUGAAUGUUUUGUAGUGAAAAUUCAAAGGCUGGAGAAUCUUUGCAGAGCUCUGCAGGAUGAAAGGAAUGUUCUGUACAAAAAAAUAAAAGAUGCACAAUUCCCUGAGGAGAAGGAGGAGGAGGAGGAGGAAGAGGAAGAAGCACAAGAACAAGCACUGACCGGACAGGACGACAGCCUGAAAAAUGAGGCUAAUCCAAGCCUCUCUGAUGCAGCAGGCCCGGUUGCUGCUGAGCUAUCUGCCACUAAUGAGAAUAUUCUGAAGGAUCUGGCUGCGGCUUUUAUGGUGACCCAUCAUGAGGAAAUGCCCCUGAUAGCCACUAAUGAAGAAGACACAGCUGAAGAACCACAGAACCUACAAGCAUGUGAUCCGAUCUCUCUCACAGAGCCAUCACUCUCCAUGCAUCAAGACACAGGGAAUCGCCCCAUACAGCCAGCAGCAUCCACACCCAAAGCAGAAAAGCAGGAAGGGGACAAAGUAGAGCAAGUUACUCAAGAUCAUCCAGUUCUGCAGUUGCUAGAUGCUGACAUGGAAGGAGUCGAUUAGCAUAAACAUGUAGACAUUUCUUACCAAACUGCCAUCCUCUCCUAAAGUGUUUGUUUUUUUAAAUUAUGUGGCUUAAAAAUAUUUUCCUUUUGAUCCUCAA